CAAAACAAAAUGGAGAGAGCCAGCAUUCAAUUCAGUAUUGGUUAACAGCUUAGUGUGUAUGCAGUGUCCUCAUAAGGUUAGUAUUAUAAAGAUAAGCAGAGCAAAGAAGCAGAAAACUAUGUCAGAUAUGGAAUUAGGUUAUAUUGGUAUAUAUAUGGUGUCCGUGUGCAGCAUAGAUUCUUAGGAGUGGGCAUGUUAGCAGGUUUGUGCAGGUAGAUCGAGGGGCGAGACUGCGGCAGCAUCCCAUAGUGGAGUCUAGAGUAGGAGGGGACGAGAAGGGACGAAGCGAGUGGACAGAGCUAGGUUACCUUAUGUGUAUGUGUAAUUAUAGGUUAGGGUGAGGAGGAACAGUGUAAUCACAGCCAUCAGUAUUUACAAAGAGAAGAUAGAUAGGUUAGAAACUGUAAAUCGGCCAUACACACCGAUCAAAUUCAUUAUACUGGCAUGCCACAGGCUAUUAAGGGUAAGAGUUGAUAUGAUUUAUUUGAUGAUGCAUCUCUAUCAAUUACAAGACAACGUCUACAUAGUAUACUUAACCUCUUAAGAUCUUUCGGCGAAACUUUCGGAGAUCUUUGAAACUCCCCACUUUCAACUCCACCCCACCCCCAUACCAACAUCGACACCAUCCCAGGAGAUUUCAUUCAUUCGAAAGCAUUAACAGUCUGCUCACGCGGUUGUUGAGACGCACGCAUGAACUACACAUGACCAAGAGGAAGAGAGGCAAAAUAAACACAAAGUUCACCAAAGGGACCAAAGACAAUUUGACUUGCAUACUUCACGGUUGGAAUUUUCUCUCCAUCAACCUCCAAGGUUUAGAACGGUGACUCAGCCCACCCUAGGAGUCUCUCCCGGUUCACAGCGUUCCGUAGAAGAGCUGCAUAUCCGCCUACACCUUCAGACUGCUGGCCCUGCUGAGUGGAGAUCUGGAGUUGGCCUCGCACAUUGAGGGAUGUCAGGAGGGUGUGGUGCACUGGGGGUCUGCUCCAGAGGCCUCUACAGCUGCUACUGGAAGCACUCCAGUGAAAGAAAGAGAAGAUGUGCUUGCUGUUGGUUCUCAUUCGUUGCCGUGGCGACCCUGCUCAGCUUGGCAUGGCUGCUCAUUUGGAUGGCUCUGUACAACUCCCGUGAUGACAUGAACACGAAGGCCUUUGAAAAAACAAACAAGUGGAUAAACUGGUUUAUGGUGAUAGUAAUCAUCUCUUCUGUGCUUGCCAUUUAUGCUUUCCUUCUGCUGUUAUUUGCACUUGUCCAGUAUGCCUUAAAGGAACCCUUGGACCUGCACUGUGUGCAUAAGGUGUUGCUGUCUGUAGGUCUUGUAAUAAUCUUUGCCGGGGUGAUGGGGAUAAGCCUUCAGUGGAAGAAGGAGUGGCCUACGGUGCCCUUGUUUCUUCAGGCCACAGCGCCCUUUCUUCAGCUGGGUGCUGUGCUAGCCGUGACCCUGCACAGCUGGCUGCUGAUCAAGAGUUACCACAGAGCUCAGAGGAAAGCGUCGAGGGCUUUCAUCCUGCUGUCCUGGGCAGCUGUCUCAUUGGCGGUGUUUCUCUGUCCUCUUCUCAUCCAUGACUUCUGUCCUUGCCUGCUGGAGGAACUUCCCCCAAAGCCUGCCCUGAUUGGACAUCGGGGUGCACCAAUGGUGAGCAGACAUGCAGAGAAAACAGGGGUUCUCUGUUUCUGGCUCGGGUUUCUGUUUUGAACAGCAACAACCUCUCUACAAAGAUAACAAGGCUGGACCGACCGGUAUCUGAUUCUUCCUCUUCAGUUUGUUUCAAUAGUUUGGUCCCUAGUUUAGUCCUGGUGGUCAAAACGGCCUAUUCUGCCCGGGCAGCUUGUUAAACUAGAUAUAUUAUUAUCUGACAGGGAACAUUUGCAUGCUCCAAUCACAGACCAUCAA